AUGCCUACAGCUCGUGAAAGAUUGGCCGAGCUGAGGGCCCUCCGUGCCUCAGGAAAGAAACGAAUUUCCACCUACGAGGUCGAGGACCAGGGCGACAUCUACGACGAGGUUGAUGAUGACGGUUACAAAAAGGUUAUCCGGAACCGUCUUGAUCAGGAUGAUUUCGUCGUCGAUGAUAACGGUGCCGGUUACGCGGACGAUGGCCGCGAAGUUUGGAACGAACAGACUGCCGAAUAUGACAGCGACGAAAGCGACGAACUACCUACACGAGGCAAGGCUGCCAAACGAAAGAGGGAAGAGGAACAACAGCGAAAGGAGAAAAUGAACAAUGGCAUAUCCAAGUACUUCAACAAAGGGCAGGCCGCGGCUUCUGCUCCUAAGCCCAAGCCCGUUGCUACUGCCGAGGAUGAUGCAUUCAUGGCCGAUCUCCUUGGAGAGGUCGAUACCAACGUCGUAUCGAGCCACGCCCCGACACGCAACAUUGUCAAGUCAGAAGCCCGACGCAAAGUUCGCGUUCUCUCCCCGCCCUUGUCUGAGAAGCGCCGCCGCGAGAAAAUUCACGCAAAAGACGAAAAUGACAUGCCAAGCUCGCCAAUGAAGGACCAGGCACUCCAAUCUGACGAUCUUGAUGACGGCCCUCUACCGAUGCCAGACGAUGAUGAUGUCCCCAUGAGUGAUAUCUUGCCCUCAUCUCCAAUUAGCAAAGCAGUGGAGCGGAGGAACGCUGUACCGGUCAAGGCUGAAGAGCCAGAAGACGAUGAUGUUGACCUCAUGGACGUCGCAGAAGUCACUGGAGACUCUAGCCUUAAAACGAAAACAAUUAAUAUGACCGGCAGUCGGCCGCCCCCGAAGAUCAAGCAUGAAGUUGCUUCUACACCAGAAAGCUCGUCCCCAGUCAAAUCAAUGCCAGAAGUAAUGGAUGCUUCUUGGAAUGACGUGAGGAGCAAAUUGAACGUUCUCAGCAGUCCAGCCCCGGAAAUGCGAUCAUUCGGGAAGCUUCGUGCCCAAGAUGUUGUCGAAGAGGACGGCAGUCUGCGCAUAUUCUGGCUGGAUUACACGGAAGUCAACGGCAGCCUGUGUCUGUUCGGAAAAGUGAAGAACAAGCAGAAUGGAACCUACACUAGUGCAUUCGUCAAGGUUGACAAUAUCUUGCGAAAACUUUAUUUCCUUCCGCGCGAAUAUCGAUACAAGCACGGACGAGCGACUGAAGAGGAGGUUGGCAUGCAAGAUGUUUACUCAGAGGUCGACGAGAUGAUGUCAAAACUUAAGUACGCAUUCGAAAUGCCCGGAGUCCCAAAGGAGGCAGAGUAUCUCAAAUUACUCUACCCCUACGACAAGGCUGCACUGCCAAUGGAAACUAAGGGAGAGACCUUUUCGAACGUUUUCGGUACCAAUACCUCCCUAUUUGAACAGUUUGUUCUCUGGAAAAAUAUAAUGGGCCCUUGCUGGCUCAAGAUCGAUCAGGCCGACUUUGCCGCAGUAACCAACGCAUCCUGGUGCAAGUUCGAAUGCCAGACCACCAAACCAGCACUCAUCAGCCUCGUCCCAGAUUCCGAAAGCCUGGACGCCCCGCCCUUGACCUUAAUGAGCCUUUCUUUCCGUACCCAGCUCAAUGUCAAGGAGAACAAGCAGGAGAUUCUAGUAGCGAGUGCCCGAGUGUAUGAAGAUGUUUCUCUAACUGAUACCACUCCCCCAGAGAAGCUUCCCUGCAAGACAUUCACCGUCAUGCGCCCUGCUGGUGGGUCAUACCCAAUGCAUUUCGAAGCCGAAGCACGGAAACAGCGGGGAACUGUCAUUCUCGAAAGAAGCGAGCAGUUCUUGCUCAGCAGGUUCCUGGCUAUGUUUGAGAAGAUGGACCCCGAUGUGAUCAUGGGCCACCAGUUGCAGGAUGUCGACCUGGGCAUUCUACUCAGCCGGAUGCGUGAAAAGAAGACUCCUGGAUGGCAUCGUAUUGGCCGACUCAGGCGUGGAGAUUGGCCUAAGAAUUUCAACAAGGGUGGCAACUUCUUUGCGGAAAGGCAGUUGAUUGCUGGAAGAUUGAUGUGUGAUGUUGCUAACGACAUGGGCAAGUCUCUUAUGAUGAAAUGCCAGUCGUGGAGUCUGACUGAGAUGUGCCAACUCUACCUCGGCCAAGGCAAUGUACGCCAGGAAAUAGAUGUCGAAGCGGCAUUGAAGACCUGGGCGACCACCAAAGAAGGUCUCAUGAACUUUGUCAAUCAUUGUGAUACAGAUACAUACUUCGUUGCGGCAUUGGUUCUACGUCUCCAGAUGCUGCCGCUCACAAAGGUCCUGACCAAUACCGCUGGUAAUUCGUGGGCACGCACACUGAGUGGUACGCGUGCCGAGCGAAACGAGUAUAUUCUGCUACAUGAGUUCCAUCGCAACAAAUACAUCUGUCCUGACAAGUACUCGUCUCGUCUUCAGAAGGCAGAAGAGAAAAUGCAAGAUGGCGACGACGACGAAGCCGUCGACAAGAAAAAGAAGGACAAAUUCAAGGGUGGUCUUGUUUUCGAGCCCGAAAAAGGUCUUUACGACCGCUUCGUUCUUGUUAUGGACUUCAACAGUCUGUAUCCCAGUAUCAUCCAGGAAUACAACAUCUGCUUCACAACUGUGGAUCGAACAGCUACGGCUGAGAAUGAGAACGAAGAAAAAGUGCCAGAUGUCCCCUCCUCUGAGCAAGAACAAGGUGUUCUCCCUCGGCUGAUCGCGACCUUGGUUAAUCGUCGACGCGAAGUGAAGAAGUUGAUGAAAGACAAGCGUGCCACGCCCGAACAACUGGCCAUAUGGGAUACAAAACAAUUGGCCUUGAAGUUGACUGCCAAUUCCAUGUACGGAUGCUUGGGAUACACACAGAGUCGAUUCUACGCUCGACCUCUGGCAAUGCUCACCACCUUUAAGGGACGUGAGAUUCUGAGAAAUACCAAGGAAUUAGCCGAAAGCCAGCAAUUGCGAGUCAUUUAUGGUGAUACCGAUUCGGUCAUGAUCAACACGAAUAUGGAUAACAUGAGCGAUGCCAUCAAGGUUGGCGAAGAGUUCAAGAAAUCGGUCAACGAACGUUACCGACUUCUAGAAAUCGAUAUUGAUAAUAUCUUCCGUCGACUUCUACUGCACGCCAAGAAGAAGUACGCUGCCGUCAAUCUUACCGAGGUGGAUGGCAAGUACGUCGAGAAACUGGAGGUUAAGGGUCUUGACAUGAAGCGUCGUGAAUACUGUGCCCUCUCAAAGGAGGUAUCAUCGAAACUGCUCAACGAAAUCCUGUCCGGUGAAGAUCAGGAAGUCGUGCUCAACAAGAUUCACGAGUACUUGCGCGAGCUUGCGGGCAGGAUGAAGGAAUACACAAUCCCGGUGCAGAAAUACGUGAUCUACACUAAACUUUCAAAACGACCCCAGGAGUACCCUAAUAAAGAAAGCAUGCCACCGGCACAAGUUGCUCUCCGCGAAAUUGCCCGGGGGAAGACAGUUAGACCGAAUGACGUCAUCUCAUAUAUUGUGACGAACGGAGACUCAGAAACCUCGUCUCUGCCUCCUGCGAAGCGAUCAUACAGCCCACAGGAUGUGCUGAAGCCGGAUUCAGGGCUCAAGCCAGAUGUUGAGUUCUACAUUCUGAAGCAAAUCUUCCCUCCCAUUGAGCGUCUCUGUGCCCCGAUCCCUGGAACUGAUGCCGUCCGUCUCGCCGAGUGCUUGGGUCUUGAUACUCGCAAGUAUCAGAUCAAUACCUCUAGCUCCAGCGGCCAGCAAAACGCGGAGAUCACCCCGCUCGAGUCCCAGAUCCCGGACUCGGUUCGGUUUGCCAAUUCCAAGCGGCUGUCCCUAAGAUGCCGAUACUGCAAAGAACAGUCUGUGUAUGAGGGUCUAGUGACUUCAUCUCACAUGUGCACUGCUCACGGAAUCAUUUGCCCGAACCAGAGCUGCCAGAAACCCUUCUCAGUCAUGACAAUUGUCGCCCAACUGGAGAACCAGAUCCGCGAACAGACCUCGCGAUACUAUGAAGGCUGGUUGGUAUGUGACGAUUCAUCAUGUGGCAACCGCACGCGGCAAAUCAGCGUUUAUGGACACCGCUGCUUGGGCCCCCGAGGUCGUGCAGAAGGCUGUCUAGGCCGCAUGUCCUACGAGUACUCAGAGAAAGAAGUAUACAACCAGCUUCUGUACUUCGCCGGUCUCUGGGAUGUCGAGAAAGCUAAGGUCGCUGCCGAGAAGGAGACCGGAGAAAAGAAGGACAGUGUUGCCGCCCUUGCAGAGUUCAACCGCACAAGAUUCGGUACGAUCAAGGGGGUGGUGGACAGCUACCUGAAGAAGUGUGGUCGUCAGUGGGUUGAGAUGGAUGGUCUCUUCCGCUUCAUGUUACAAUAG